UCAAAGGGCUGAGGAACCGGCGUCGUAUUUGGAUGAAUUGUGAACGGAUUGUGAGGGAGAUGGAGUUGCAGUGCGGCAGUGGCUGUGACCAUGGAGACGAAGUUGAAGGUGAGGGUUCUAAGUCAAACACACAGGAUUGACACAGAUAAAGUCUGUUUGGCAGCUAGUAUCCUCAUUUCAUUCACUUAUCUUAUUUCUCUGUCGCUAGAGCGCAAAUGUGCUCCUUUAUGUGUGUGUCUUUCUUCACACCUCGGAGGCUGCUCAGUCUCUAAUUUGGGAUCUGGAUCUGCGAGAAGCUGGGCAUUCGCUAGGCGUGUAGGUUUCUUGCCUGAGACGGAAGCAUAUAUUGUUUAUUUGUGAUGCGCGAACAUGGCGCAUGACACAAAGGGUGAAUCUAACAAAGGAGAUAACCAUAUAAACUAAUGAUGCCGUCUAGGAAAACAAUUCCCUCGAGGAGAGCUCAUCUCCUCUAACA